CACACCUCUUCAGCGCCUAACGGGCAGAAAAUCCUAAAAGUUUUUGCCCUGCUCCAUUUCCUUCUAGAAUGAUGUCCUGUUUCUAAAACUUCCUCAGCACAAACCAACCACAUGCACACCUAUCUCCGCCGUCCGCAAAACGCCCGUACGCCAUGGCGACGAAGGCGCCCCGACAGCUCAUAAGGUACAGCCGGCUCAACCCCUCGAAGCAAGAAUUCCGCCUGCUGGAGCUGCAGCCCGCGCACAAUGGCAACCCAGACGACCAGGUAGUCUGCCGCCUCGUUACGGUGCGGCUAACCGAAGACCUGGAAUACCUGGCGCUCUCGUCCCUCUAUGGCGACCAGAGCGAGACGGAGCGCAUCCUCGUCAACGGCGUGCCCAUUACCAUCACAUCGCACUUGGCUCAAGCAUUAAAACACGUGCGCACCGUCUUCUUCCCGACUCUAACCAAACGGCCAGCCCGCGAACCCCGCCGCCCUGACAACAAGCGAGCCCCGCGCUGGCUUACACAUCUCCUGCGGCACGUAUCCUCGAUCCUGCCCGACCCGGACGCCGACGGGGCGGGCGAGACGCCACCCCUACGCCUCUGGAUCGACGCCCUCUGCAUCAACCACCAGGACGACUCCGAGCAAUCCAACCAGUUCCUAGGCAUGGCGCAAAUCUACGGCUCGGCGAAAAUGGUCAUCGGCUGGCUGGGCCUCAAGACCGAAUACUCGGACGCAGGCUUAGCUUGUCUCAAGGACAUCGACGAGAAAAUGCCGGUGAACUGGGGCGAACCGGCCGAUCGGGAAGCGCACCCGGAAGACUACGCCCCGAGGCACGAGUGGGCGAAGCAGAUCGCGUGGACGUGGCAGGAGUCGGCCGAUGGAAGCGAUUUCCACCAAGCCCGGCACUGGAUCGGCGCGAAUGAUUUUUGGAAUCGGCCGUAUUUCCAGCGCCGGUGGAUACUGGAGGAGAUUGCGCUUGCGCGCUUCCCGACAUUCCUGCUGGGGGAUUCGAUUGUUUCCUGGAAGCAGGUGCUGCGCCUGAAUCAGGCGCUGGAAGAGUUCAGGGAAACGGAAUCGGACGUGUUCCCGCGCCAUGUUAAGCACCAGCUUGCGGAGUUGCCGUUGGGGACGGUGCAUGCGUUGCUGGAUGAGUUUUUGAGGAGGAAGAAGAUGGAGGUUGAAAGCGAUAACACGCGGAGUUCAAAGGACACCAGGAGCUCGGCGCCAUCGGGUUAACGAAUCAUUUACUGCUACAUGUUUGAGAUAUCUGGGGCAGUGGAAGGUCUCAGGAGUUGAGGGCGCUGGAAAUGUUUCCAUUUUCUUUUUCCCUCGGUGUUUUUCUCUGUUCAACAACUGUAUCG